ACUCAAUUCCGAGUCAUGUCCUGCGCAUGUAGUCUGUAUCGUCCAAACAUGAGACGUUGGAGAUAACCAUUCGUAUAAAGGUUUCACCUUCUCAUGGAGUCCCUUCGCGAAGUUCCCCGCGAAGUUCCCCGCUAUGGCCCCAGCACUCCUCAGUGUCGAACGCCCCGAAUCUCUUACCGCGCAGGCAGCGCGGAAGCCAACCUCCAUUCUUCAUCGUACGCCCUGGAGGCUCCCAGUCGCACAAUCCGCAGACGGAUCCUAUGUGACCUUGGAGAACGGUCAGCGAUUGCUUGAUGCCGUUGGUGGUGCUGCCGUUACAUGCAUCGGCAACGGGCAUCCCAAGGUCGUUCAAGCGAUUAAAGAUCAGGUCGACAAGGUCUCUUAUGUAUACAGCAUGCAGUUGUCGAACCAACCUGCGGAGGAGCUUGCCAGGUACAUCGUCAGCUCUUCAAAUGGCGCCUUUGAGCUCGUCGGCAUUGUCUCCGGAGGGUCGGAAGCCAUGGAGGCCGUGUUAAAGCUGUCUCGCCAGUAUUUCGUUGAGAAGAAGCAGCCCCAGCGCAAAAAUUUCAUAGCUCGCCAUUUAUCCUUCCACGGCAACACGCUUGGAACACUCUCCCUGGCAUCGCAUGUGGGACGCCGAGCGCCGUACGAGGCGAUUCUAGACCAUGAGAACUUUCAUCACGUCUCCCCUGCAUAUGCAAAACGGUUCCAGAGGCCUGACGAGACUGAGGAGCAAUACGUCGAGCGACUUAGGCAAGAACUUGACGACAAAUUCCAGGAGCUUGGACCUGACACUGUCAUUGGCUUUGCCGCCGAAACAGUAGUUGGCGCUACGACUGGUGUCGUGCCGCCACCGAAUGGCUAUUUCAAGGCAAUAAAGUCCGUCUGCGACAAGUACGGCGCGCUGUUCAUUCUCGACGAGGUCAUGAGCGGCAUGGGUCGGCUUGGGAGUCUACACGCGUGGGAGACCUUUGCCGACGACAUCAGCCCGGAUAUCCAAGCGGUGGCCAAGGGCCUCGGCGGCGGCUACGGAUCUAUUGGUGCUGUACUGGUCUCCAAGAAGGUCGCGGAUGGCAUACGGGACACAUCUGGUUUCUGGAAGCACGGGCAUACCUAUCAGGCGCAUCCACUCGCGUGUGCGGCAUCGUUGGCUGUACAGAAGGUUAUCGUCGAGGAGAACUUGCUUGAGAAUGCCCGCAAGAUGGGGGCCCACCUCUCGAUGCUUUUGCGCGAGAAGCUGCUUUCUCCCAACUGCAUCGCCGCCCCUUACGUUUUUGACAUUCGUGGCGCAGGCUGUUGGUGGGGUGUUGAGUUUGACUUUGACGGACCCCAAUGCCGCAGGCUCGACUUGAAGGGUGCAAAUUUUGCGAUUGUGGUGCAGCAGCGCGCCUUGGAUAAGGGCCUGAUUAUCAUGGGCAUGACUGGUACGGCGACUCUUGACGGGAGCAAAGGCGAUGUGAUCAUGCUCUCCCCCGCAUACAACAUUACUAAGGAACAGGUAGAGGAUAUUGUAACAGUCUUCGUUGCAACUGUAGAAGAGGUUUUGAGUGAAAGCUUCGUCGAGUAGGCUUUACUUGUAUAGCAAAAGCGGAGGUCAAAUUGAAAAUACACAUUGUCUAUCUUGAAAUUAGAUAAUUCUUUUGGAGCGGAGAUUUUUGCAAUUGGGGAUGAGCUUGAAAAUACCUAAGCGG